AUGGCAACACUCGAGAGCGACAACGAUGCGAUCCUCGACAUCCUCAUCGUCGGGGCGGGACCGGCCGGCCUCGCCGUCGCCUCUCGGCUGUGCGAGCGGUCCCCGUCGGCGCUCUUCACCGACGAGGAGCACCAGCGGUACCACUGGAUCAAGAAGCACGGGCACAGGAUGUCGCUAAAGUGCAGAAAGGGAGGGGCUGUGAUCCCGAGCAGCGGCGGCAGCUGCUGCAGCGACGCCGGCGGCGAUGCUCCGCCCAAGUGCCGGUUGCGGUACAAGACGCUGGUGCUGGACGCGACGGGGGACAGCUGGAUGAACAGGUGGAACAAGCUCUUUGCGACUUUCCAGAUCUCACACCUGCGCAGCCCCAUGUUUUGGCACGUCGACCCGGCAGAGAGGGAUGCGCUGCUGGCCUGGGCGCAUGAGCUGGGGCGGCAGGAUGACUUGGUGGAGUUGAGGGGUUGCGUGGGCAAGGAGAUCAGCAAGCAUCUCCGCAAGUCUAGGAUAUCAAAGCACUCAAAGCAUCAUUCGGUGGUUGAGAUUGACGAGCGUGAAAGAAAAGACUACUACACGCCGCCACAGGCUGUGUUCGCCGACCACAACAAGAGCAUCGCCAACAGAUACGGAAUACAAGAUGGUCUAAUCCGGCAAGGACGGGUCCAGGACAUCAAGUAUGCCAAGUUUCCCAACGUCUCCAGGACAGAAGAUCUCUUCCAGGUCAAGAGCGAGGAUGGCACUACACACUAUGCCCGGUCAGUAGUCCUUGCUGUGGGGCCAGCAAAUGCCCCAAACAUCCCUGCCGGCAUCGAGGGCCUAUCUCCCGCCCCAGGACAGUGGGAGCAACCCCCGCGGACGUCGCACUCGAUGCGGAUAACACACGGUCAAAUACCGGAUCCGGCAGUCCAGAAGAUUGUAGACUCUGGAAGGACGACAAACGUGCUGGUCAUCGGUGGAGGGUUGACAUCGGCGCAGAUCAGCGACGUCAACAUCCGCAAGGGGGUCACAAAGGUGUGGCACAUGAUGCGAGGCACGGCCAAGAUCAAAGCGUUCGACGUGGACCUGGCGUGGAUGGGCAAGUACCGCAACGUGGAGCAUGCAUACUUUUGGGGCGCCGAGUCGGAUGAAGAACGGCUCGAGCAGAUCCGCAAGGCCCGCGGCGGAGGAAGCAUACCGUCGCUCUACUGGAAGAAGGUAAAGGCGCACAUGGCCUCUGGGAAGCUGGAGCUGAGGCAAAAGACCAGGCUCACCAGCGCGAGCUUUGACGAGGCGUCGCAGAAGUGGACGGUCAAGACCGAGCCGCCGAUAGACGAAGCCGUCCUACCAAAGUUUGACUUUAUCUACUUUGCAACCGGCAUCGAGGCCAACGUCGAGACCCUGCCGUACAUGCAGACGCUGCUAGAGUCGCACCCCAUAGAGACCCAGGGCGGACUUCCGUGCCUGACCGAGGACCUCAUGUGGAGGGACGACGUGCCGCUUUUCGUGGCGGGGCGCUUGGCUUCGCUGAGACUGGGUCCAGCAGGACCAAACCUGGGAGGUGCGAGGACCGGCGCCGAAAGAAUCAGCUGGGCCCUGGACGAAUUCCUCGAGGAGAGGUUGGCAAGUGAGGAGUCGGAGGGGUUCGAGCCGGAGAUCUUUGACGAAGAACAGGUGGCGUUUGUGACUGGUAGGAACAACCGAUAUCGCGCGCUCUCUAUCGAGGGUGAAGAGGAGUGGUGA